GAGAAAUUUAGUUUUAAACUGAGAAGGAAAAUGUUUGAAAUUAAAGUUAUUGUGAAAAUCUAAAUAUAUUUCAAGCAAUCAUAGAUUAUAAAUAUUUCUAUAUGACAGAGUUGGCAAUGUGAUUGUCAUGAUUGCAAAAUGGCUGCCCCCAGUGCAACGCACGUUAUCGUCGAUGCUGGUGGAUUUAUCAAGAAUGCGCCUAUAUGGGAAAUUGGCGAGAAUGUUUAUACCGUACCAGAAGUGGUGCAUGAAAGCUGUGACAAAGCUACUCGACAGAGGUUAAAAGUGAUUCCAUUUCACCUCAACUUCAAGCAGCCUUCAUCAGAGGCAAUAGCAAUUGUUAGUGAUUUUGCCAAGAAGACAGGUGAUUAUCAGAGUCUUUCUGCAACGGAUAUCAAAGUGAUUGCCCUCACAUAUAUGCUCGAGAAGGAGCAUGUUGGAACAGACCACAUUAAGAAAGAACCUAUGAGGAGGAGUGUGGAAUAUUCAUUUGGAACCAGUCAAUCAAAUGCAAGAACAAACAUUGCUGGAUUCUAUUUGGGUUCCAGUUCUGAAGUUUCUGAAAAUACAACAGGAGAGGAGUGUACAAACUGCAAGGGAAAAGAUUCCUUGAGCAUAGAGAAUGCAUCAGAAGCUAAAAACCUUUUAGGAGAUACAGAUGGUUUGGAGAUUCAAAGUGUGUUGGAAGAGGAAAACCCAGACAGUGGCAAGAGGGAAGGACAAAUCAGUCCAAACAGACUAGAGCAAGAACCUUACAGUGAAGUAGAGAAAGAUAGCUGCAGCAUACCUCAAAAUUCAUCACAGAUCACAGAGCAGAUGGCGGUAGAUGCAGAUGCUUUAGAAAAUUUGGAGACUGAGGACCUUGAAGAUGACAGUGAUGAUGAUGAGGGUGAUGGUGGCUGGAUAACCCCAUCAAACAUCAAGGAUGUGAAGAGACAAAUGGGAGAUAAUGUAACAAGAGAGAUGACACGUGUACAGGUGGCAUGUCUGACCACAGAUUUUGCAAUACAAAAUGUGCUGAUUCAGAUGGGUUUGAAUGUGAUAUCUGUGGAUGGUAUGCUCAUCAAAUCUGCAAGAAACUAUGUGCUGCGCUGCUUUGCCUGCAGGAAGUAAGCUACAAGCAUGACCAAAGUCUUUUGUCCAAUGUGUGGCAAUAAAACUCUAAAGAGAGUGGCAAUGCAGCGGAAUGAGGAUGGGUCUGUUCAAAUCUUCAUAUCCAAACGGCCCAUCAGUACAAGAGGCAUGAAGUUUUCUCUCCCUGCUCCUAAAGGAGGCAAGCAUGCCAACAACCCUCUCCUGUUUGAAGACCAGCCUAUGCCCCAGCAACGCGCAAGCAAGCAGUCAAAAGCAAAUAUGAACGUUUUUGACCUAGACUAUGUUGCUGGAUCUUCUCCCUUUGCCGUAAAUGAUGUAACCAGUCGUGCUUCACACUUUGGAAUUCAUAGUAAACAUGAUGUUAGUGCAGGAGCAUACUUUAACAAGAGAAAUCCCAAUGAAGGCAGGAAGCGUCAGGGCCGCCGAAAGUGAUGGUAGAUGCAAAAAAUAAUGGGGUCGUUGUCUCUAGUAAAUAAGGAUGAGUGGGUGUCUUCUGUCUGGGUGCAUGUUGGUUUGAGUAAUUUUACAAGUGCUGUUGUGAUGAGAGACAAUAAACUGUCAAACUUGC